AUGUGUUUAGAAUUCCUCAAAAAAUUCAAUCUUCCAAUGCUACUUUUGGGAGGUGGUGGUUACACAAUUAGAAAUGUUGCUAGAUGUUGGACUUUUGAGACAUCAGUAGCUUUAAAUGUUGAUAUUGCAAAUGAACUUCCAUAUAAUGAUUAUUUUGAAUAUUAUGGUCCAGAUUUUAAAUUGCACAUACCUCCUUCAAAUAUGACAAACCAUAAUACAGUUGAAUACCUCGACAAAGUCAAGGAGAAGAUUUUUGAAUCUCUUCGACAAAUUCCACAUGCUCCCGGAGUUCAAAUUGGAGCCGUUGGGCCCGAUGCAAUGAAUUUGGAUGAUGUUGAGGGAGCCCAAAUGGAUGAAGCAAGUCCUGACGAGCGAUUGCCAAGAGCAUUGAGCGAUAAAAUGGUAGAAAAAGAAGGUGAAUUAUAUGAAGGUGAAAGAGAAGGGGGUGAUAUUAGAAAUAUUGGUGGUUCGAAUAAAAGAGGAGCGACAGCAACAACAUCACCAGAUACAACAAUGGCAAGUUGUGAAUUAAUCAAAAAGAGUCGAAUUGAUGGGGAAAUAAAAAAUGGAGGGGAUGAGGAACCAACAGAAUCUAUGGAAUCUUGAAAGUUUUUUUUUAAUUUAAUUAACAGUCUUUUUGGUA